AUAUCAUUCAAUAAAUCCAUUUCUACGGUAUAGCUAACUUCGGUGUUUUAGGUUACUUGUAGAUUUUUAAUAUCGGAAUGGGAGACUCUACGUUCAAACCGAAUAUAAAAAGCGCAGGAAAACAAGAUCCCCUGCUGAAAAAGGCUGAGUUGGACUAUAUGAGAAUAAUUGAAGAGAAAAACAAGGAACGAGUGCAGAAGUUGCAGCACAUCGCAAAAAGAAAUAGGUUUACUGGAUUAGCGAUUGGAGCUGGAGUAUUCAGUAUUUAUUUAUAUUCUAUAUUCGCUGUAAAACAGGAAACCUUCCUUGACGAUUUCAACGAACCAGCGAAAAUCCAGCAGUAG